AUGGGAAAGAAAAGACUCCGGCGAGCUAAGUUCAGCUCCUUUGACCGGCGAUCAAACUCCGAAGAGCCGUCCUCGUCGACCACUAGUGAACGGCGGACCAAAUCUCCGAGGCGCAAUCGUAUUCGAAGCACGAUACUGUUUCUUCUAUUCGUCGUAUGUCCCGCCAUUUCCGUUAUCUUAUACCGCAGAAUCAGUUCGCCGUCGCAAUCGGUCAGCGAAACAGACCUUCCAGAUGUCUACCGGAGGGGACUCGUCAAAGCUGACGUCAAUUACCGGCAAGUUCUCGACGAGCAUGUGAAGGUUUCAGCAAAUGUGAGUCGGCGGCAGUUUGAAAAUUCUGUUCUUGCCUACAUUACUCCAUGGAACUCAAAAGGAUAUGACCUGGCCAAGAAGUUCAACUCUAAGCUGACUCAUCUAUCUCCUGUAUGGUAUGACCUCAAAAGUGAAGGAAGCUCCUUUGUGUUAGAUGGAAGGCAUAAUGCUGACAUUGGAUGGAUUUCAGAAAUUAGAAUGAACAGUAAUGCUAAGAUAUUACCUAGAGUGGUUUUGGAAGCAAUGCCCAUGGAUUUUCUCACGAAGAAGAAACAAAGGAAAAAGGUGAUUAACCUCAUUGUGGAAGAAUGCAAGAAAUUCGAUUAUGAUGGUAUUGUACUUGAGUCAUGGUCAAGAUGGGCAGCUUAUGGUGUCUUGCACAAACCAGAAAUGCGGAUGAUGGCCUUGCAAUUUAUAAAGCAGCUGGGAGAAGCUAUGCAUGGAGUGAGCACAGAAAGAAAUGGGGAAAGUCUACAAUUGGUGUAUGUUAUUGGACCACCAUAUUCAGAUCAGCUGCAGUCACAUGAUUUUGGACCUGAAGAUCUGUUAGGCUUGAGUUCAGCAGUAGAUGGUUUCUCUCUGAUGACAUAUGACUUCUCAACUCCUCAUAAUCCUGGUCCAAAUGCACCUUUGAAGUGGAUUCAAUCCACCCUGAAGCUUCUACUUGGUUCUGAUAAUUCUGGUCAGGGUUUGGCCAGAAAGAUAUUUGUCGGCAUUAAUUUCUACGGCAAUGAUUUUCUACAGUCAGGAGAGGGUGGAGGACCGAUAGUGGGGAGGGAGUAUCUAUCUUUACUGGAGCAGCAUAGACCUAUACUCCAGUGGGAGAAGAAUAGUGCGGAGCAUUUCUUUAUUUACUUGGAUAACAGACGUAUCAAGCAUGUCGUGUUCUACCCAACUUUGCUGUCAAUUGCCAUGCGACUUGAGGAAGCUCGUUCAUGGGGCGCUGGCAUCUCAAUUUGGGAAAUAGGGCAAGGAUUAGAUUACUUUUUCGAUGUACUAUAA